CCCAUCCGAGUGUUCCCGCUUCAAGCCAAAGUAGACAAUUUGCAGCUAUAGAUAUCGAUCUGUGAAACCGUAUCAUCCUCGCGCCAGUCAGCAUGGAGACCCUCAAAGCAGUCUUUUUCGGGCCGGAUCCUCAAACGCAGAUGAGGAAAUGUAAUCAGCUUAUCCGUGCCAAUACCCGACAGUUAGAUCGGGACAUCGCACAACUGAAGACUCUGGAAAGCAAGACACGACAGUACAUCAUGAAUUCAUCGAAGCGGGCCCAGCGCAAUCCCUCCCAGGCCAAGCAGGCCAACAUGGAGGCUAAGACAUUUGCGCGAGAGCUAGUUCGCAUUCGCAAGCAGUCCACCCGUUUACACACCAGUCGCGCCCAACUGCAGAGCGUUCAGAUGCAGGUCAAUGAGGCCUUUUCAGUUCGGAAGAUUCAAGGCAGCUUGAAGAAGUCUACGGGCAUCAUGAAGGACGUCAACACAUUGGUCCGGAUGCCCGAGUUGAAUGCCACGAUGCGUCAGCUGUCGACGGAACUGGUGCGGGCUGGAAUCAUCGAGGAGAUGGUCGAUGAUGCCAUCCCGAACAACGAACUGCUGGAGGAAGAGGAAGAGGAAGCAGAGGAGGAGGUCGACAAGGUCCUGCAGGAGAUCCUGCACGGCAAGCUGUCUCAGGUCGAAGGGGUUCAGCCCGAGAAGCCAUUGGAAGAGGCUCCAGAACCGGAGGACGAGUUCGCGGAUCAAGAAGCGACACUCGAGCAGAUGCGGGGACGCCUCGAAGCCUUGAAGAGCUGAGGAACAUUGAAGACGAUUGCUUGCAUCUGCGUCUUGGCCGAUGUGACGAGAACAGUGGAUUACAAGAUGCCACUGAAUACGGAUUUCUUUCCUUUCAUGUUGUGAACGGCGUUUGGGUAGGAUGGCGGGCGUCUUUGGGAUGAUCGUAAGUACCGGUUGAGCUUAUUUCGUCCUAAUGUUGACUACGGGACUGGCCCUUUAUUGGGAGCUUUGAGCGGAUUGAGCUGGUUCUGUUGA